CAACAGAUUCCUUUUCCAUCGCUUGCCGAAAAAAGGCCACUAAAUCAAACCCAAAAAAAAAAUCUGGCACAAGCAGCAGUGCCAAGGCAGGGACUGGCAAGAUCAGUGCAAGAACAGGCGCACAGGGCUGUGCUGUGUCAGGGCAGAAAAAAAUCACUAGGGUCAAUAUUCACGCCGAAGGUAACGGGAGAUACAACCGGAAGACGAGGUAGUGAAACGGGGUUGGGUCAGAAACUGAAAAAGAUGGCGUGCGAGGUUGUGGUACCCCCUCUCCCCCCUCCCCCAGACCCAAGGGUCCAGGGGCGUGUACCACCACAACCGGUCAGUCUGGAAAGCAUCGAAAGUGUCAAUCUGAUGGAUCUCUCAAGUGACACGGAAAAGGACUUCGAUAGUGUACUUUUAGAACACAAACCUUUGAGUGAUGCAGCUCCAUGUGUCACGAACAUGGAACUUAGUGCCAUAUCAGCUCCUUGUCGGGUGACCUGCACCCCCCUCGCCUCCCCCUUGUGGGUAGCAAACACAGUAAGCUCAACGUUCACAGCAUCAACAUCCUCUUCCUUCAGUACCGUUCCAUCGUGCGCUUCACAAAGAAAAUCCUCAACCCUGCUGUCUCCUGUCACUGUGGGCGUGUCCAUCAUGGGUACACUCAGUUCAACAGACGCAGUGCCGUUUACAGAACCUCUGACCGACAUGUCCCUUGUCGGUCCCCUUAACACGGCUGACACAGUGCCGCUCCUGUGUCCGUCGGCGUCCACGGACAGUACCCAGACGGAGGAGGAAUUCAGUGCUAGCAUCGUGCCAGACAUCUCCCUCACCAAAAGAUCCUCACUGAUCACACCGCACAUCACAGCCUCCGCCACUUCCAUUAGUCCAUGUGUAACUCUCCCUCCUCCAGCCAUUUCUGCGGCUCUUCCAUCAGGAGACCCGGUGGAAAGUUUCCCACCUCCCGUCCCGAGUGCGACGGGGUCUCCCGGCCAAUGUACUUGCGAUUCUUCGGCGAAACCGAGCAGAGCAUCGCCCGCGCCCCUUUCAACCCCCGACCUCAGAAUCGACAUGUUCGAGGCGGACUAUCCGAGCGACGGAUGGCUGCCGGGAGGAGGGGAUGGAGCCAUGGAAGUCGAGUCGCCUGCGGCCGCCCCUACUGGCUUCCCGGCCAUCACGCCAGAAGACUUGACGCCCGCUGAGCUGCAUGAGUUCGACAUGAAAUACGGGUCCCCUCAUCACGCUCAUUCGCGCUCCAUCAAGUCCUUAACGCGGCCCACACUUCUCGCCUUGCCGCCAGAGAAACCGAGAUUCGUAGCGCUUCCCAUAAACGGGGAUGAUGACGAGGACGACGACUACUACCGCCUCAGGCACUUCUCCAUCACCGGCCGCCGCAUCGUCAACCGAGGCGAUUCUUUCAAGUCACGAAGAACGCGCUCCAAUACCAGUGUAGCGUCGGACGCAUCGAGCGCUGACGGCUGCGCGUGGUCGCAUCCCUGUUCCCUGGCCACCUCGGCGGCGUCGUCCGCAGCCUCUUCACAGGCCUCUUCAGCCUCUGAGAUGGUGACGCCCUACCGGGUGGUGAUGCUCGGAGGGCCCGGCGUGGGCAAGACUGCCCUUGUGCACCAGUUCAUGACGUCGGAACACAUUAACGCUUACGACAACUCUUUAGACGAGGAGUUCGGCGAGCAGUCCGUGUCGAUCAUGCUCGAAGGAGAAGAGUCUGAGAUCGUAUUCAUCGAUCGGCCAGCUGACGAGAUGACGGUGGAACAGUACCUCUCGACUUACGAGCCGCACGCCUUCGUGGUCACCUACAGUGUGAUUGAGCGCCGCAGUUUCCAGAGGGCGGAGGAGGUCCUACAGCUACUAUGGCGGCUCGACGUCAUGACAAACAGAGGCGUCAUCCUCGUAGCAAAUAAAACAGAUAUCGUGAGGUCCCGUUGCGUCACGCCAAAAGAGGGAUCGAACCUGGCGGACUCAUACGACUGCAAAUACAUCGAGACCUCGAGUGGCUUCAACCAUCAAGUGGACGAACUCCUCGUUGGAAUCCUCAAGCAAAUUCGGCUGAAAACCCACAGUACCGAAGCCACGUCGAGGAAACGUAGCACGCGGAAGAAGAAGUACCGAGGAACGAAGACUUCGGCGAGCCUUAAGGUGAAGAGCUUUUUGACGAAGGUGUGCGGGAAGGAACCCAAAAGCAAGUCUUGUGAGAACCUGCACGUGCUCUAAUCUGGCACGCGGGCUGCCGGGCUUGUCUACAGUCACAAAAGCCGCCCGAAGAAGAUUCAGUCAUCUUCCUUACCUUGCCAGUAGCCUUUGCAGUGCUCGGAAAAACUGAGUCAG